AUGACGCAUCAAAAUCACCAAACAAACGGUGCUAGUCUCGAGGAUUGCCACACAAACUUCUUUGCCUUGACUGAGCUGCACGGCAUAAAAUGGCGUAAGCUGGUAUGGGGCGAGACGAGCGGCGGCGGCGAGGGCGAGGACGGCUCGGCGCCUCUCGCGGACCCGGUGAUCAGCAGCUACGCGCGCUGCCUCGCCGGGGACAUCCUGUGCGUGUGGCGCCGGGUGCCCGCCGUGCAGCCGCUCGACCUCGACAUGAGCGUGCCCGCGCCGCCGCCCCUCUCGCUGCGCGCCUCCAAGGAGCUCUGGAUCUUCUGGUACGGCGAGGAGCCCGACCUCACCGGGCUCGUUGCGUCGGAGCUCUUAGACAGCCAGGGUGAUCAAGGUUCCUGGGAGAGCGGGCUGUCGUACGAGUGCCGUUCUCUGCUCUUCAAAGCGCUGCAUAAUCUCAUUGAAAGAUGCUUGCUGUCGCGGGACUUUGUGAGACUCGGAAAGUGGUUUGUGCAACCGUACGACGGAGACGAAGAGGAUGUCGGAAAAAGCCCGUGGCACCUGUCUUUCUCGUUCGCGUUCUUCCUGCACGGGGAAAGUACUGUCUGCGCAUCUGUGGAUGUCAGACAGCAUCCCCCGGUGCGUACCCUCACCGCAAAACGACUGGCCCGUCUCAACGCACCGCCUGCGCACUCACCACCUGAUAACAAAGUGAUCCUGGCACCUUUUGGACUCGAAGGUCGUGUAACGGGUCGUGAAUGGAGUGAUUCAGACCCGGCCACCUCUCGGCUUCUGGAUGCGUGGAGGCAGCUCUAUCCCCUAGAGCAGGCAACUGGAGCUGUUGAAGUGGAGUGUGGUGGUGUGCGCAUGCGUUACCCCGUGCCGUACGUGCUCGUCACAGAGAUGGAGACAAGCCGCGGAGAGGCGCCACCAGCGCACUCGCUCGCUGCUCGUACGCUACGCUCUCUUACUACACCUGCUGCUCACCAGACUCCAGAGACGUGCUUCGCGGAGACCGCGGGCGAACCCAACGAGGACUUCGUGGACCCUACUCGCAAGACGACAUGCGCGUGCGCCAAGUGGCGGCGCCGCCGCGGCCCUCGCCCGCUGCCCUUCCACCGCCGCGCGCCGCGCCAAUCGCGCGCCCAUCUCGCCUCACACGCCCGCGCCAAAGCUGACAGACCCGCCCGGGACGGCCCGCCCGCACAAGCGAACAACUGCAGUAGCGGUAACGGACGCGGUACGUGCUCGCCGGCCAGUUGUGGUGGGGCUUCACCAGCGGCGCCGGGCUCCGCCCCCUCACCUCAUCACACCACAAUACCUUCACAUCAGGGACCGAACGUACCGACAACGUUACAUACGCCGGCGCCUACGCCCGACCCGCUGGCCCCGCCCACGCCAGCUCCGCCUUCCCACCACAACCACAAGCUCUUUACGCAGGGCGACUCACCACCGGCGGGCGGUGCGCUCGGCAGCACGGCGGGUACGUGCCAGUCUCCGGCGGGCGGCGUUGGCGGGACGGGUGCAGCGGCUAAUGGCGUGAAUGGGUCUGCUGCCCUUCUACCCCGUCGGCCUUUACUACCCGCUGCAGAGAAACGUCUGGACCCUCUAGAGGACGAGCACUCAUUGCAUAUGUUAUACGACUAUACCACCGUGCAUGCUUGGUUGGAACAUCCUGUGAAGCGGUUUAAAAGCGACGAGAACACGUUUCGUGAGGAGUUGGCCCUGGGGACGAGCGGUGGAGACCUUUAUGUUGGACAGGAAUACACGCGCCCUCCAGACUACGUGCACACGGACAGAGUGGAAAUCAAACAGGAGAAAGUUGAACAGGAGGAUGUAAAAGACUACAAGAACCUAUUUAGGCUUGACGGCCUAUGUCCGACGUACAAAGACCUGGAGCAGAUCUUCGACAAUUCAGACGAUGCCGCCAGUGGCGACGAGACGGUAAGACUUUUACAAGUGCAAACACCCCCGGACUCCAACAAGUCGUCGGACGUGCGAUGUGUGCGCGCAGAGGAGCUGAGCAAGAUGUUUCCCACUCCCCCGAGUAUGGAAGCACACGCGCAGCCCUCUCCCGGCUUUUGCUCAGAUGAACCGAUGACUAGUGGACCGCUCACCAGGCACGGAAGCCCGCCGCGAGAUCCAAUCGAAGAUUGGUCGUACGUGUUUAAACCGGCGACGGUUUACAAGUAUGUCGGGUCGUCAAAGUACGCCCCGCUCAGUACGCUGCCCAGUCAGCUGCUCCCGCCAGUAGUGCUGCCACCGCACGCCGUGUACCGACCUAGAUGGCAACAGGAUCGAGACUCCACGGAGCACGAACCUGCGCACGCGCAUUGCACUACGGAAGCAGGUGCAACGAGUACAAACAAUACGACGACCAAUACCGGUGGCGUGAAACGUUCCCUCUCGGCGAGUAAUGAUCGAACAAGCGGUGCACGCGCCACUGUCGCUCCCUCCCCCCGGCGCGCUGUUCCCCCUCCCGCCUCACCCUCUUCACCUCGCACACCCGCGCCUGCUUGCCCGCUGCUGCUUAACGUGCUACUAGCGGACACAGUUCUUAACGUCUUCAGAGAUCACAACUUUGACAGUUGCACGCUCUGCGUGUGUAAUGCUAGUGGAAGGAGUGUUGGUAACAUACGUGGCGCGGACGCGUCUACAUACCUACCGGGAGUGGAAUGGGGCGGCGCUGAAGACGAGCCGGCUCGCUGUUCUUGUGGUUUUAGUGCUGUCGUCAAUCGGCGCCUAGCGCAUCGUGCCGGUCUCUUUUACGAGGAUGAGCUUGAGAUAACGGGAGUGGCAGAGGAGCCUCGAAGACGGAAUGAUUCAGGUGGACGCAGUGGAUUAAGCGAAGUGGCUAGCGUGCUGGUCGCGCACUGUGCUGCUCCGAACGCCGGCAGCGCUUCGGCGCUCGCUCGAGCCGCGCGAAGGGCCGCCGCUAAGCAUGCACCAAGGCAUACGGAUAGACGGCUAAACCUCCUUGAAUACUCAGACGGCGGUGCGGCGGCGAUGAGUGCCUUGCGCGCGGCUGCCGGUGGAGCUCUCUCUGUGACUGCCACCAAAAGCAAAAAUGGUCUCACUACGGGCGCCGUGCAUCGUUGGCCCUUCAUCGGUGCGCGGGCGCCGCGAUCAUCUAGGGAUGUUGUUAGAUUAAUGCGCCGCCUCCGACCAUUAUUGCAAGACGCGAUACAGAAACGAUGCGCGGGCGCCCGCAUGUGGGACGGCGUCACCGGCCCGCUAACGUGGCGACAAUUCCACUUACUAGCUGGCCGGGGCAACGAAGACCGGUGCGAGCCGCAACCCGUGCCACCACUCCUCGUAGGGCACGAUAGGGACUGGGUGUCACUUUCGCCGUACGCGCUACGGCAUUGGGACCGUCUAUCCCUAGAACCGUACUCCUAUGGCCGUGACGUCGCCUAUGUCGUGUUGGCGGCAGACGGUGACGCACUAUCCGAACCAGUGCGGACGUUCUUCAAGGAGCUGUCUGCAGCGUACGAGGCGGCCAGGCUCGGAAGACAUCAACCGAUAUCGAGGAUAGCGAGAGAUGGUAUCGUGAGGACGGCGCCGGCGGAUAUCGAUAGGGAUACGAGCUGCGAAGAAUGGACGGGCGAGUUACCACCGGGGCGGUUAGGCGAGUAUGUGCGGGCGUACGCUGAAACGAUGCGUGCAAACCUCGUGCCACAACUGGCUGCUCUCAACGUUGAUAAGACUUUAUUUGAAUCUAGCAACACUACAAGUGCAAUGCGACCACCUGCAGCUCCCGAUCGACCAGAUACGCCUAGCGGGACUAGUGGAAGCGCAGGUGCCAAUAUAAGUUCGGAACAGGAAGCGGACUCGGGUACGACCGGCGGUGCCAGUGGACUUAGCUCAUCUGCGAACGCGUGGGAGGAAGACGAAGGGGGUCCACCCGCGCUCGUUGUGUACGUGGUCGAGCCGCCUGCAGCGCAUGCGCACAGGCCCCGCGCGUUACACGCACUCUUAAGGCUGGUUGCGCAGGCGUAUCACCAUUUGCAUCAUCACAAUCCGCUUAUCAAGAUAAUAUCCUUGGAAGGCGUAUGCGAGACGUGGUGCGGUGCUGCCAGCGGACCCGGCCUCGGGUCUGAACUGCGCGCACUCGCGUUUAGCGUAUUCGCCAGCGCCCGUCGGAACCUCUCACAUUCUCCAAACGGCAAAUCACUCACCGGCUUCGGCACUGCUGCCGAUGCUAACCUUUUCCUAUCAAAUAAAGACGAAAAAAAUCGGGCACCAUACCGUCUCUUCUCGCCGGCUUGGGUGUUGGCCCCUCCGCGUGCUUUGAAGGAGGUGGCGGAGACCUGGGGUCAGGCGGGUGGCGAGCACGGUGCGGUGUUGUACGUCGCAUAUUGUCUCUCACAUGACCAGAGGUGGCUGCUUGCUGCUGCUACUGAUUCUCGAGGAGAACUGUUAGAUACCACCGCUAUCAACAUAUACGUUCCUGCCAGAUCGCGACGGAAACGUGGUGGUCCUGCGAGGCGGCUCGGUCUCACGAAGCUCAUGGACUUUACUUUGGGUGUCAUGUCUCAAGCUGCUCAGCCGUGGCGGCUGGUCGUCGGUCGCGUGGGCCGAAUCGGACAUGGCGAACUCAAAGGUUGGAGUUGGCUUUUAUCCCGACCGAACCUCAGCCGAGCGUCCACCACACUUCGAGAGAUGUGCGGCAGUUGUUCCCUGCUGUACCCCAGCGGUGCGCCGUGCAUUCUAUCGGCCUGUCUUGUCUCCACCGAGCCGGAUUCCUGCCUGCGUCUAAUGGCCGAUAGAUUCACACCUGACGAACGGUUCUCCAAAGCCUCGAUACAAUCUCACCUGCACACGCCCCGUGACGUCACCGCCACGCACAUACUCGUCUUCCCCACCUCCGCAACCACACAGUCAAAUCAAAUGCCGUAUGAGCAACCAACAGCCAACGGCGAAGAGAGCGACAUGCUUCUCAUUGGCUUGGAGAUGGUGGAUGAGGACAUCGGCGAAGACCAAAUGGCGGAUCUCCUCAUCACCGACAUGUUCCAGUGCUGGCAGGGGGGAAGCCCUCGUGCUUCUCCCCGUCGGGACGACGACAACAAUAGCAGGGACGGAAGCCCUCACCACAAUCACAUGACAGCGGCGACAGGCCACUACCAGAGGGAACACGAUCAACAGCCGGAACAAGUGGGCACAGUGCUCCAACAGCCCCUCGCUCUCGGAUACCUGGUGUCGACGGCGCCUCUCGGUGCGAUGCCGAGCUGGUGGUGGGCGGGGUGCGCGCAUCUGCGCGACGCGUGCCCCGCCUUCCUCAAGAACGCGCUGCACCUGCAGUGCAGUGUCCCACCUCAUGACGACUAUGCAUUUACGCAGCGCCGUGACCACAACGCGCACCCUCUGGACUCCACCACUACCACCGACGUGCUAAGAUAUGUACUAGAAGGCUACAACGCGUUGUCGUGGCUCGCGCUAGACGGUAUGACGCACGACCGUAUGUCAUGCCUCCCUCUGCACGUUCAAGUCCUCAUGCAGCUCUACCACACCGCAGCCGCCCUAGGCUGA